CAACUACCUCUUCCUCUUCUUAGCACGGGUGACAGUGGGGCAUUUCCACUGAACUCUCUCCCUUCCUCCUCUGGACUAAGCGAUGAAGGGACAUGACAAUAAGGAAAUCAUCGUUGCAUAAACACCUCUCUGCAGACCCACCCGCGUGCAAGAAAGGAGCUGGGCCCCGGGACCUGGGCAUCAUGGCCCAGCUGCAGUCCUCUGAAGUGCAGCAGCUGCUCCACAACAAGUUCGUCGUCAUCCUGGGAGACUCCAUCCAGAGGUCCGUGUACAAGGACCUGGUGCUCCUGCUGCAGAAGGAUUGCCUGCUCACUUUCGACCAGCUCAAGGUCAAGGGGGAGCUGAGCUUCGAACAGGACAAGCUGGUGGAAGGAGGCAAGAAGGAUAUCAUGACCAACAGCACCGACUACCGCGAGGUCCGCGAGUUCUGCACCGGCCACCACCUGGUGCGCUUCUACUUCCUCACACGCGUGUACAAUGAGUAUGUCCGGGCCGUGUUGGAAGAGCUGGGGUCCCACGAGCACACCCCGGACCUGGUCGUCAUGAACUCCUGUCUCUGGGACAUCUCCAGGUAUGGGCCGGAUUGCUUUAGCAGCUACCGGGCGAACCUGGACAACCUGUUCCGGCACCUGGGCCAGGUGCUGCCAAAGUCAUGCCUCCUGGUGUGGAACACGGCCAUGCCCCUGGGCAGGAAGGUCACUGGGGGCUUCCUCCCGGAAGAGCAGCCGGCCGUUUCCUCUGCCCGGAUUAAAAAGGUGAUCGAAGCCAACUUCUACAGCUAUGUCGAGGCGAAGAACCACAAUUUAGAUGUGUUGGACUUGCAUUUCCACUUCCGCCACGCGGAGAUGCACCGGCACGGAGACGGGGUACAUUGGAACCAUCUCGCGCACCGACGCCUCUCCCAGCUGCUGCUGGCCCAUGUGGCCGACGCUUGGGGUGUGGAGCUGCCUCACCGCCCACCAGUGGGCCAGUGGCUCAAGUGUGACCCUGCAAGGGGCAGAUCUAAACAGAGACUUGAAAGGCAGUCCCAGAGCAGCAGAAACCUAAGGGCCUUACCCCCACCCGCAUCGUUGCCUCCUCCCAGGCACAGCCCCCUGCUGCCACUCCCAGCUCCCCGCCCACCCCUGUCCCCACUCCUGCCCUCACCGCCUCUUCCCAUUCCCUGUCACCCAGCCAUGCACCCCCAGGUCUUGCUCUGUCCCCAAGAUACCUAUUUUUCCUCAGACCAACCUUUCCAGUCUGGUCAAUUCUUCUUCAGCAAUUUCCAUUCUCCCCAGACAGGAUUUGACUUAGGAAAUGACUUUGUGUUUGACCCCCAGCCACCAAGUGCCCCCUUCCCCACACCCUAUUUUCAGCAGCCGGCCCCUGUGGUUCAUAGGGGUUUUCCCCGGAGUCUACCUCCUGGCCCUUAUAUGCCCUGGAGACAGCUGCCCAAAGUUUACAGGAGGCAAGCCCGAGGCUACACAGAGCCAAGGCCUCAUUAGACUGACUUGUGCCUUUUUCCUCCUCACGGACAUGGACUUGACAGAUCAUCUGACCGUUGCCUAAACUGACUGAUCUUGUUAACAGAAGCCGUUGAUCCACAUUGGGCUUCUUUUGGUUCUUUGCUGUUACCAGUUGUUAGCUAUGGCCCCUUCCUCCGUGCUCUGGGGGUGACCACGUGUUAUUCCUGCCUCCCCACCCUCUGUUCUCUUUGUCU